UGUGUACGCUUGUGCAGCGGAAUAGUAUUUUUGGAUUUUAUUCGCUUGAAAUUCAAUUUACAGCGCAGAAUAUGCGACAAUUAUAACAAAUAAUUGUAUAUUUAAAAGCAGUGUGAAACAGUUUGAGUGUUUAUUGCUUAUAAGAAAAUAAGCGCCAUGCAAAACCUUAAACAAAGUGCAUUGUUUUUGUUAUUCGUUUCGGCGUCGUUGCUGUUGUUGUUGUUCGUGCAAGGAGCUCACUCCAAAUCUGAAGCCGAAGAUGUUGAUGCUGCACCCGAAGUUGUUGCGGAUGCAGCUGCAAGUAGCAAAAAAGAUUUGAAUGAUAAAAUCAAAGUCUUCACUGUGGCCAGUGAACCAACCGAUGGAUAUCGCCGUUAUAUACGAUCUGCCAAAGUCUAUGACAUUGAGGUGACCACUCUUGGCAUGGGCGAGGAAUGGAAAGGAGGCGAUAUGAAGAGUGCUGGCGGUGGCUUUAAGAUUAAUCUGCUGCGCAAAGCAAUUGAGCCUCUUAAGGAUGCUGAGGAUACCAUUAUCUUGUUUACGGACAGCUACGAUGUCAUCAUCACAUCUACGCUCGAGGAGAUUCUGCAAAAGUUUAAGGAAUCCGACGCGAAGUUGCUCUUCUCGGCCGAGAAAUACUGUUGGCCCGACAAGAGUCUGGCCAAUCAGUAUCCCGAGGUGGGGGGCAAGGAGUCCCGUUACUUGAACUCAGGCGCCUUCAUUGGUUAUGCGCCGCAGGUGAAUGCGCUGCUGGAGGAGCUCAUCGAGGACACUGGUGAUGAUCAGUUGUACUACACCAAAGUGUUUCUCGACGAGACAAAGCGUGCCAAGCUGGGAAUGAAGCUGGACACGCAGUCGAAACUGUUUCAGAAUCUUCAUGGCGCCAAGGAUGAUGUGAAACUGAGAGUGGAUCUGGACAGCAACCAGGGCAUACUGGAGAACGUUAAUUUCUUGACCAAGCCCAAUAUCAUUCAUGGCAAUGGGCUGAGCAAGGUUGAUUUGAAUGCCUAUGGCAACUAUCUGGCCAAAACAUUUAGCGGCAUCUGCACCGUCUGCAUGGAGUAUCUCCUCGAUUUGGAUGAACAAAAUUUGCCAAUUAUUACGUUGGCUGUGAUGGUGCCGCAACCGGUGCCUUUCUUCGAUCUGUUCCUCGCCGGCAUUGAGAAGCUCAACUAUCCCAAAAAGAAUCUGCAUCUGUUCAUUUAUAGCGGAGCUGCUCUCCACGACGACCUCAUCACGUCCUAUGUGAACAAGCAAGGCAAGAGCUAUGCCAGCGUCAAAUUUGUCCUCUCCACGGAUCAACUGGAUGAACGUCAAGGCAGGCAGCUGGCUCUCGAUAAAGCCAAGUUGCAACGCAGCGAUUACAUUUUCUAUGUGGAUGGGGAUGCACAUAUCGAUGAUCGCGAAUUGCUCCGUGCGCUGCUCCGGUUGAACAAGCAAUUUGCGGCGCCCGUUUUCUCCAAAUAUCACGAGCUGUGGAGCAAUUUCUGGGGUGCGCUCUCCGAGAACGGUUACUAUGCACGCUCCCACGACUACGUGGACAUUGUGAAGCGGGAUCUAAUAGGCAUAUUCAAUGUGCCACAUGUGACGACCAUUUAUCUGAUCAAGCGUAGCGCCUUCGAUGCUAUCAAAUUUGAUCACAACGAAUUCGACCCUGAUAUGGCCCUGAGCAAAUCACUGCGAGAUGCGGGCAUCUUCAUGUAUGUGAGCAAUCAACGUUAUCUCGGCCACUUGGUCAAUGCAGAGAAUUUCAAUAGCACCGUUGUUCGUCCCGAUUUCCAUACGUUGUUCAGCAAUCGUUAUGAUUGGACCAUCAAAUAUAUACAACCCAAUUAUUCGGCGCAGCUGAACGAGAGCAUGGUUAUACCACAGCCGUGUCCAGAUGUCUACUGGUUGCACAUUGUGACAGAUGCGUUUUGCGAUGACUUGGUCGCCAUAAUGGAGGCGUUUGGCAAAUGGUCCGAAGGCAAGAACCAGGACAAACGUUUGGAGGGCGGCUAUGAGGCGGUGCCGACACGUGAUAUCCAUAUGCGUCAGGUGGGACUCGAUCAGGUCUAUCUGAAGUUCCUGCAAAUGUUUGUGCGUCCGCUGCAGGAGCGCAUCUUUACCGGCUAUUACCACAAUCCGCCACGCUCACUGAUGAACUUUAUGGUGCGCUAUAGGCCCGAUGAGCAGCCCUCGUUGCGGCCACACCACGAUUCAUCCACGUACACGAUAAACAUUGCGAUGAACAAUGUUGGCAUCGAUUAUGAGGGCGGUGGAUGUCGCUUUUUACGCUACAACUGCUCCGUGACGGAGACAAAGAAGGGCUGGAUGCUGAUGCAUCCUGGCCGUUUGACUCAUUUCCAUGAGGGUCUGCUGGUAACUAGGGGCACACGCUACAUUAUGAUAUCGUUCAUCGACCCAUAGAUUUUUGCUGCCAAGUGCUAAUCAUAUUUUUAUACUGCCAUAAUGGCCACGCUCCAAAGAAUUUAUCUAUAGUCUAAAGUAGGCGGAAUAUGUAAAAGCAACUCGAAUCAAAUCUAGUUUACUGUUUGGAAUGUGGUCAAUUUUGCCUUAGUUGCCAAAAACUUCCUGGUUAAGCAUAUCGUUUGCCACGAAACUCCAGGGUCUGACACAAAACUAUUUAAGCAUUAAGUUUUUUAUUCGAAUCGUGUUCAACUCUUUAAAAAGAAAAUAAUAUUAAUACAUAAUACUUAUAAAUAAAAGCAAUAUUAAAUAACAAUUUGUUAAAGUCUUACGUUGACUUUACUUAUAACGAA